AUGUCAACGAGGCUCCGAUCCAUCGACAAGAUCGAGGGGGCGGUUGAAUCAAGCGGGAAGCACGAGAACGGGAGAGCCGCGCGGAUCUGUGAAUCCCUUAGGAUGACGGACGGACAUUGCUUCCUCUGCCGUCGCUACAAAGGCCGGCGGUGCCAGGAUAAAUACAUAUAG